AUGACCGCGGGCAAAGGCUCCGAGCUGCACUAUGACCCACGCCUGCUCACCUUCGAGUUCUUGUGCAAUGUCAUGCUUCGUCGCCCGCAGGUGCAGCUCAUCCGGGCCUUUGCUGCAAAGGCAGAGGCUGGUCAUUCAGUGUGUCAGCAAAUGCUGAUGGGUGAAGGGAAGACGACCAUGAUAACUCCGCUGGUCGUGCUUCUCCUUGCAGACGGAACGAGGCUGGUGUGUGCCUGCAUGCCAUCUGCACUGCUGGGUAUGUCUCGUGCAGUUCUCGCAGAACGAUUUUCGUCCCCAGUGCUGCCAAGGCCUGUGCUGACUUUCGACUUCCAUCGCCAGGUGGUCGCGACCCCGAACUUGCUUGCAAAGCUCAAUGCUGCACGGAAGGGACGGGCGCCAGUGAUUGCUGCACCAACUUCUGUGAAGAGCGUACUCCUUCGUCGCAUCGAGCUGCUUUUGGAGUUGCGUCAUCUACAGACAUCUCGUGUGCAGCAAUCGGCUGAGACGGAAACGCAGGGCUGGCUUCGUCUUCCUUCUUGGCUGUCCGUGGCAUCCAACCCGGAUGACGAGAUUGCAGAUUGCCCUGUUGAGUUUUCUGCACAGGAGAAAGUCAAGGCAGAUGAGGUUCGUGUUUGUGGCGAGGUCUUAGAUCUUUUCCACGGUGGCGUGAUGCUGCUCGAUGAGGUCGAUAUGCUUCUGGAUCCUCUCCGAAGUGAGCUCAACUGGCCGCUGGGCCGGCGCCUGCCCCUGGACAUGACGGGCCAGUCGGUGCGAGGAAGGAAUGGAUGCCGCUACACUCUGCCGUUUGACCUGCUCGAUGCGGUCUUUGCAGCGGCGACAGGCUGUGCGGAGAGCACGCCGGCGAGGAGAGAUGCUCAAGUUGCCCUGGGGGCCCUGGCACAGAAAGUCAAGCAGGGCCGGAAGUCCCUCAGCGUGCAGGUGGCUCCGCAUUUUGUCCUUCUGUCACGCGACUUUUACCUGAAGGAAAUGCUGCCCCACUUAGCUGAUUGGGUCGCCCUCUUCGUUGAUGAGCACCUGGAGGGUGCGCUCCUGCUUCCGGACCUCCGCACCCUCCUACGUCAGGGCCGCCCAGAGCUCCACUUCCAAGAGAUCCUGCUCAACAUGUCGUCGCACGGACGGAAGGUCCUCAACCUGGCUCUCUCGUGGCUGCAUGAGCUGCUGCCUUACUUGCUGAGCAAGAUCCACAGGGUCACUUAUGGUCUUUUGACUGGCCAUGCGCUUGAAAUGGCCUGGGGCGAUGUGCGCACUCCACUAAGCCGAAAGCUGUUGGCAGUGCCCUUUGUGGGGAAGGACACCCCCAGCGUGUCCUCCGAAUUCUCCCAUCCAGACGUGACGAUCGGCUUCACCAUUUUGGCUUACCGAUUGAACGGACUUCGCGAAAGGGAUGUUCGAACCCUUCUGAAGGUGCUGCUGGAGGAAAUGCGGGCAGAAGGUGCUGUGCACUUUCAUCGCCGAGCCGCCUGUCAGGCCUAUGUGACGAUGAUCGUGCGGGCUGGCGGCAAAGUCCGCGGGUUCACCGAGGACGGUCGAUGGGUGGGCGACUUGAAAGAUGACGAGCAUCAUCGUCGUCGGGCAGAUUCGCUCGCAAAGUCGCCACAUCCCGCCAACUCAGGUGUCGAGGACGCGGUCGACAGGCGGAAUGUAUGGCCCUUGGAGCUGCUGGACAUCAACGACCCAGAGCAAGUUCAGCUUGUCUACGAUGUGCUGCGCUACUCCCCCAUGGCAAUCCGUCACCUGCUGGAGCACAAUGUCUUCAUCGCAGGAACACUGGAUCGCAACGAGACUCAACUUACCGCUUGUGGCCAGGAGUUGGCUGGGCCGCAGCUUUUCAAGCAAUGCCUUGGCUUCAGCGGCACUCCCAAUGACCUGCUGCCAAAGUCGAUGGGACGCUGUAUCUACGCGGAGGGUGACGACGGGAAAGUACUGCAGGUCCUCAGUUCCACUCAACACGUGUCCGUUGUGGAGCUCGGACGUUGGAGUCCUGUGCAGAUCCUGGACAUCGUAGCGAAAACGCGCAGCAGCCGGGGUAACAGGCCGAAGUAUCACGCACUUAUCGACUCUGGCGCUUUAGUCACGGGCAUGACGAAUCGAGAAGUUGCCGAGUAUCUUCUCGAAAAUGGUCUCGAAGGUCUUGAUGGAGUUCUCUUCCUGGAUGAGCGGGACGAGAGGGUCGUGUUGGAACGUGACAGUCGACGCGUGGUGGAGCUGGUACCCAAAGCAACCUUCGCAAAGGCCAAGGUGGAUCUGGUGAAGGCCUGCCGAAACAUGAUCGACUUUCUCAAGGAGGUUGACAAGUAUCCCUGCCUGUAUGCGAACCAGCAGGUGCUUCGACAGGCAGUCCAGCGCUACGAGGAUAUAUGGCUGCCACUUCUGGCCAAGAAGGAUCCUCAAGCACGGCUAGUGCCACCCCUCGAUGUGGAGUGGGUCUGGCACUGUCACAUGCUAUGCCCAAAGGCCUACCGGGAGGAUGCUAUGAACAUAACCGGCCUCUCAGAACCACCCGAUCAUGAAUUGAUGCCACGGACGGGCAAGGAGUUCACGUCCGCUCAGUCCCUAACGAGCAAGCUGUGGGAGAAGGCUGGAGGCGGGAACUACGAUAUCACGGCGGCACUGCAAAACGCGCCGCUUCAGGCUAACUACGAGGGCAAUGCCAGUUGCAAGAGCAAGUACGACAUCGUGGCAGCAGCUGAGAGGCAGAUGGCCUUCUACUACCAGGUGGCGGUGAUGCCUCACUAUCGUGACCAGUACUUCUUGGAGCUGGCUGUCGAGAGAUAUUUGGACAGGUUCCUGGAGCUGAAGCGACGGCGGCCAAAGGAUUUCUGGGUUCCCACCUAUGACGUUGACUGUGUGUGGCACGCUCACCAGCUACACCCUCAUAACUACCAGGAGGAGACCACGCGACUGUGUGGGGCCAUGCUGCCGCAUGACGACAGUGUCAACGACAGAUCGGAAGGCUCUCGCCUCAACAACCGCUGGGAGGAGACGAAGGCUGCCUGGAACCAGGAGUUCCCCAACGACAGUGCCACAACUCCGGGGGGCAUGUACCGAGGCCUCGUGACCAUUGCAGAGAGGCAAUACCGAGAGCAACAAUGGAGCUUGCUUCGCACAAAUGGAGCUGCGGCUCAGAACAUCACCCUGGAGGCGCCAUGGGGCGUCACGAACGGACCUGAGGCUGGGAUACCCUGGGUGCAUCGCAAGGACGCAGCUGGCGGACUCUACGGCCUCCGGCGAUUCUCGAAGCUUGGGGACCUCUGCGCUCAAGUAGUUCACGGCCGGGCCCAACAACAGAGUUUCAGCUACCUGGAGGUGGUGGCGAACGCUGAAAAGUCUGUGCCCCUCGUGACUGCGCAUGCCGUGGAGUCAGAUCAGCUGCCAGGUGAGGGGCAGCUGAGCUAUAGAUCCAAGUGUCCCACACUGAAGGCGGGACAGAUGGCAUACCUUCUCCGCGUGGCGGGCGAAGACGUGGCUGUGGUAGUGGGCGAGUGGGUGGGCUUCCAGCUCCCAGUUCGUGGUGUUCCUGGCACACCCGGCAUUUCCGGGGACCGUGGCACUGGUCGUCGAGGCGUGGCAGGCACCCGCGGCGUCAAAGGGAAGCCAGGUAAGCCGGGGCAACUGCAGAUCAGGCUCUUCGCACUUCGGACAGCCUCUGAAUGCAAGGUCACCCCCACCUACUUCAAACGAACCGCUCCUGCCAUGUAUACCACGAACCUUUCGGACCUACACGUACCAGGCUGCACGGAAAACAUGGUGGUCGAUGUCGCUACGUCCAGCAUUCAAGUCCGUGCUCAAAGUACUCUCCCCAUGGCGGUGGCCUAUGGCCUCAGUAUGUCCAUCGCCGCUUUGCAUGUGACCCUGCAGCCCCGCAUGACACCCUUGGCAACCAGUGGGGCUGUGAUGGGCGUGGCACCAGGAUCCAAGAAGCCACUUCCCGCAAGUCCCGAGGCAGGGGUGUCAAUGUAUCCACCCUGGACCGUCGAGCAACGCAACUUCCCAAUGCUUACCGCGGCGGGAGGAGAGAUCAGUCCAACGGAAACAGUCGUGGGAGUUCCCCUUGGGAAUGAUGACGGGUCCGUCCAGAGGGACGAUCAUGCUUAUGCAGACGACGACAGCUACCUCUUCUGGGGAGUGGGAAUGCUCUACGUUUCGGAUUUUGGCUACGCAGGACCUUCCAGUCAAUUUCCAAUCCCAGAAAGCCAGGCAGACUACGCAGUGAACGGCAUUGCUGGCCAAGCAGUUUUUGCGAGUCCUGUCAGUGGACAAGUCCUGCCGACAUCUGCUCACGAUGUUCAACAGCUCUUUAACACUCGGAAUGAGUGGACUCUUCUUACCAGUAGGCUUGCCAGUGGCGGUCUCUAUGGUAAGCUGCACCAGGCCCAGUGUGGCUUGGUCCCAGAUCAGCGCUUCAGCUUUUACGAUCACGUGCACACCACGGGUAUGGACGUGAAGCAGCCGCUGCUUUGCACAGCAGCCCUGACUUUGAGCAAGGACAUGACCUUGCGGGACUACGCACAAGGUGCCUAUCGCAUGCGCGGCAUAGGACGUGGCCAGCGCAUUGACCUCCUUGUGACGCCCGAGGUCAGUGCACUCAUGAACAAGUCCCUCAGCAGGGUCGCGCAGCUGAGCGAAGAGGCACGAUCGAGAAGUCUCGCCGACCUCAAGAAGAAGGAGGCAGCAGGGCAGCAGAGCCAAGGUGAAAAAGGGAUGCAGUGA